AACUUCUUAAAGCGUAUAUUGUGACCUAUAACCCCUACUGUUUUCUUAUAAUCCAAGUAGUCUUGUAAGUGAUUUAUUUCAAUUACUAUUAACAAGACAUUAAGUUGGAGGAUGUAUAAAAUCGUAGUCCGUGGCGAUAUUUUCCCCAAAUGGAAUAGUUUAAAAAAUUUAAGGUAUAUUAGUGCUGGACCUCCUCGGCCAGAAGGGCCGUUGUUUCCCAGGAACGAUGAUUUUCCCGCCAGACAUAUCGGGCCCAGGGAGAGUGAUGUCAGUACUAUGCUGGAUACGUUGGGAUUCAAGAGUUUAAAUGAAUUGACCGACAAAGCUGUUCCUAAAAAAAUCAGACUGGAUGGAAGAUUAGAUAUUGAACCUCCGAUUAGUGAAUACGAACUUAUCAAAAGAAUCGCCACAAUUGCCGAAAAAAAUCAGAUAUGGCGCUCCUACAUAGGUAUGGGAUAUCACAAUUGCUGUGUACCACACACAAUAAUGAGAAAUAUAUUUGAAAAUCCAGGAUGGACUACCCAAUACACUCCUUAUCAACCAGAAAUUGCUCAAGGUCGACUUGAAAGUUUACUGAAUUAUCAAACUAUGGUCAGCGAACUAACCGGUCUUGAAGUUGCAAACGCAUCCUUGUUAGAUGAGGGUACAGCUGCAGCUGAAGCUCUAGCUUUAUGUUACAGACAAAACAAGAGAAAGAAGCUUCUUGUUUCCCACUUGUUACACCCUCAAACAAUUAGUGUAAUUCAAACAAGAUGCCAGUCGUUGGGAUUGAGUGUUGAAGUAGUUGAUGUGUUUGAAGCUGAUUUUUCUGGAAGAGAUGUGGCUGGUGUUCUCUUUCAAUAUCCUGAUACGGAAGGAAAUAUUUUAGAUUUUGAUUCUGUAGCUGAUAAUGCGCAUGCUAACGGUACUUUGGUAUGUUGUGCAACCGAUCUGCUCAGCCUUACACUUCUUCGCCCACCAGCAGAGGUUGGAGUAGAUAUUGCCGUCGGUACUUCCCAAAGACUAGGAGUACCUCUAGGAUAUGGUGGUCCGCACGCCGGUUUCUUUGCUUGCAACCAAUCUUUAGUUAGAUUGAUGCCUGGUCGUAUGAUAGGAGUUACUCGAGAUGCCGCUGGAAGGGACGGCUACCGGUUAGCCUUGCAAACCAGGGAACAACAUAUUAGAAGAGAUAAAGCCACGAGUAACAUUUGUACAGCUCAAGCACUUUUGGCCAACAUGUCUGCUAUGUUUGCUGUAUAUCACGGUCCUCAAGGUCUUAAAGAUAUUGCUACCAAGAUACAUAAUUUGACUUUGGUUUUGCACCAUGGUCUCCACCAAGAUGGAAACACAUUAUCAAACAAACUCUUCUUCGAUACAUUGAAGAUCUAUCCAAAACUAAACGUAGAAGAAGUCAAGACGAGAGCCCAGGAAAAGAAGAUUAACUACAGAUAUUACGAUGACGGUGCUGUUGGUGUAGCCUUAGAUGAAACUGUUACUUUUAAUGACGUAAACGAUAUCUUUUACACCUUCGGAUGUCCACAGAAAGUAGAAAAUAUUGUUAACAGUCCAAUGAUCCGAGAGAGGGCAAUCUAUAGAAGUGAAUACAAAAGAACAUCACCUUUCCUGACACACCCAGUUUUCAACUCCCACCAUUCUGAAACAAGAAUAGUGCGAUAUAUGAAGAUACUAGAGAACAAAGAUAUUUCUUUAGUGCACAGUAUGAUACCUUUGGGAUCUUGUACUAUGAAACUUAACUCGACAACAGAAAUGAUGCCUUGUUCUUUCAAACAUUUUACUGACAUACAUCCCUUUGCCCCUACAGAACAAUGCCAAGGCUACCAUCAGUUAUUCGAAGAACUAGAGCAGGAUCUUUGUACAAUCACAGGCUAUGACAAGAUCAGUUUUCAGCCUAAUAGUGGAGCUCAAGGAGAGUAUGCUGGUUUAAGGGCAAUACAAUGUUAUCACGAGGCAAAGGGAGAAGCACAUCGUGAUGUAUGUCUUAUUCCCAUCAGCGCUCACGGUACUAACCCAGCUAGUGCUCAAAUGGCUGGAAUGAAAGUCGAACCAAUCAAAGUACGUGCUGACGGUACUAUAGACGUAAGCGAUCUUAAAGCCAAAGCAGAGAAGUUCAGGAAUAAUCUGUCUUGCUUGAUGAUCACAUAUCCAUCAACAAACGGUGUAUUUGAAGAGACUAUUGCUGACAUUUGCAAAAUUAUACAUGAUAAUGGUGGACAAGUAUAUUUGGAUGGAGCCAACAUGAAUGCUCAAGUAGGGUUAUGUAGACCAGGUGACUAUGGCAGUGAUGUAUCUCACUUGAAUCUACAUAAAACCUUCUGUAUUCCUCAUGGUGGAGGUGGUCCUGGAAUGGGUCCUAUUGGCGUUAAAUCCCAUUUGGCUCCUUAUCUUCCAGGUCAUCCAGUAGUAAUGCCUCUUGGCCAUAAUGGUACUUCUGAAGGAGCAGUCAGCGCCGCUCCUUAUGGAUCCAGUGCAAUUUUACCCAUAUCCUGGGCUUACAUAAAAAUGAUGGGACCCAAAGGUUUAAGAAAGGCUACACAAAUUGCUAUUUUGAAUGCUAAUUAUAUGUCGAAAAGACUAGAACCUCAUUACACAACAUUAUUUAAAAGUUCGACAUCAAAUCUGGUAGCGCAUGAGUUUAUUAUCGAUACUAGAGAUUUUAAGAAAACUGCUAAGAUAGAAGCUGCAGAUAUAGCAAAACGAUUAAUGGACUAUGGUUUUCACGCUCCUACCAUGAGCUGGCCCGUUGCUGGCACUCUCAUGAUAGAACCAACCGAGUCUGAAGACAAGCAGGAACUUGACAGGUUCUGCGAUUCGUUAGUAUCUAUAAGACAAGAAAUAAGAGAUAUUGAAGAAGGCCGUUCUGACGCUAGAAUUAACCCUCUUAAAAUGGCUCCACACACACAAGAGCAAGUGAUCAGCAGCUCGUGGGAAAGACCGUAUUCUAGAGAACAGGCUGCCUUCCCUGCACCUUUUGUUAAACCAGAAACUAAAGUGUGGCCUACAGUAGCUAGAAUCGAUGACAUUUAUGGAGACAAACAUUUAGUUUGUACCUGUCCUCCAAUUUUGGAUGAAUAUAAUUACUAGAUCAGUUUUUAAUGGUCUUGAUAUGGUUAUGUUAAUGCUAUUUUAAUAAUAGCUAAACCUGGUGUCUUGUGAUAUUCUUAAAAAUAUUGGAUAGGUGUAUUUAACAUAAGACUUUGUUACUUUUUGGUAAUUUGAUAUUAAUCUUCAUCUCAUAACUUCUAAAGUGUUGAACAAGAUGAAUCUUUCUUGUUCUUUGAUUUACAUUUUUAGCUUUCCUGAUAAAUCCUUAUUAGUUAUGAAAAGUUCAUCAUCAGGAAUUUAAUAAUAUAUGCCUUUAAGUUAAGAAGACAAUCGUACUGUAUUUCAUCUGCCCUCAAAGUCGUAUCUACACUCUCGUCGAAUGGACACGGGGUGGAGUGUUACCGAUUAGCCUCAGUAAGGAAGAGAACUUAGACCCUUAUCGAUCGUCAUUUGAUAAUGUUUGAUUUGAAUUUUGAUUUGUUUGUUUUGAUUUAAAUAUUGUGUUUUUUCACUUUCUUUUCAGCGAGGCUACUUACAAGCGCGUACCAUAAACACUAUUAAAUUUAUUAUAAAUGUUGGUAGGCUAAUAAGUCAGUCCUUUUUCAAACGGUUUUUUUUACUAUCCAUUUUGAUAAAAUGUUGAAUUUUUUUUAAUAUACCUACCUAUAAAAUUGAGGCCUUAAAGGAUUGAUUGUGAUCUGCUAAUAACUCUAGACUCUAGAGUCACUAUUUUGCCAACAACAGUUGUUUAAAUAAUCUUUCUCCGGGAUAAACAAAUUGAAUACCUUACAAAUUAUUUUCUUUAACUGUCAUAAUUUCAAGUAAAUACCUAGUAAUAUUACAUAUCAUUAUGCAACAAAAAGUUAUUAACAUUUAAACAGUAAUGCAAAAAUAAAGGUUUUUUGCAUUUAUUUUUAUAGAUGUCUUCAAUUAAUCUCGGUCAAUUGUUUAUGUAUUUAAAUUCAAAAACUCAUAAAAAUAAGGAACUUUUUUAGAUCUUACACAACUUUUAUUUCAACUAUAUUUCUCUAAAAUGUGUACAAAAGAGACAAUAGAUAAAAACUGAUUUGUUGAGUUUUUAUGAUUGUUAACAAACAAAGAAAAUGUAUUGUUUGCAUCUUUAAGGAUUUGCCCUCAGCUAUCCUUCAUAUCAUACUUUUUAAGACUUUAGAACCGAAAAAUGUUUUAGAACCUUUAAAAACCUGUAAAUAUGAUUCUUUUCAGCUGUUUUUUUUCUUUACUGGCCUAUAACACUUUUGUUUACUAGUUUUUUACUUCAUUAGUUUAAUUUGAAUUUUCUUGGUAUAUUCGUUAUGCGGAUUUAAAUUGGUUGCAAGCGUUAGAACAUUGAAAUCAUAGUUUUUUCUAUGAGGUAUUUUAGGCAUACCAUAAUCGAAUCAUCUGCUUAAUCUAGUUUGCUUUGGAAAUUUUCAUGCGUCAUCUAACAAAGCCAACUGAUGAUUUUUUUAAAUAUAAUUAAUAAACUUCAUUGAUAUAAUAUUAAUUUAAGUAGCAUACAUUCCUUAAAUUAUUAAUCAGUACUAAUCGUAAAUAAGUGGCUCUUUAAUUAUUUUGGUAAUGAACUAAUUAAGAAAUUUAUAGUUAAUUAAAUAGGCAUAAGAGAAACAAAAAUACUUUUGGAAAUAACAGUUAAAUUGUUAUUCUAAUAUAUUGUCAACUAUUUAUUAUUUUUUAUUUAUUUUAGGAUGCGAUUGUUAUACUUUGUAAAUAAUUUAUUGUUGUAAGUGUAUGUUUGUAGUGCUCUGCAUUAUACACAUAUUGACGUUCUUCUAAAUAAACUUUUUAUUGUUUA